CUCGAAUCAUCCAAACCAAACGAGAAGCAUAGCACCUCACCUGACCUGACCUGACCUGACCUGUUCCAAUUAUCUUCUGGAGUUGAGUUGUGCAUUCGUCGUUGAGCUAUAUGGAAUCAAAUGAAGGUGGCGUUAGUGAGAUUGAUCGCCUGGAGAAAGGGUUGUUGUCCGACACGCGUGAGGGUAAUGAUUGUGAAGAUGAGGACGAGGAGCCCAUACUCUUUUCUGCCAGCUUCGAAGAAGCUGAAGAUGAUUUCAUAAAGCUUAAGACGACACAGUGGAUACUUUAUUCCUUGCUUUUAAUUUUGGCAUGGGGCUUCGGCUUUAUCAUGUUCCUGUAUAUACCUGUUCGUCGAUGCAUACUGCGUCGUAUGAUGCGUUCACGAAAGCUCUAUGUCACCCCCAAUGCCAUUGUCUAUAAACAGGUAACUAAGCCAGUACCGUUUCCGUGUUUUGGGGUUUUGAAGAAAGAGAAGCAUGUGUUGUUGCCUUCAGUUGCUGAUGUUGUGAUCGAACAAGGGUAUCUGCAGUCUCAUUAUGGUGUCUACUCCAUUAGAAUUGAGAAUGUUGGUGUAAGAAGGCCACCAAGUGAUGAUGUUCAAAUCGAGGGCAUUGCUAAUCCUCAGGCAUUCAGAAAGGUUGUUAUGAUGCGCCUUUCAAAAAUGAGAAAUCAAGCCUACUCUAGGCAAGCUUCCAUCCCGGAAGAUUUUGGUUCUCCACGAAAUGUCCAGUCAUAUAAUGCGCCGAUGUCCCCCUCAAAAUCACUUGCACAUGAUACUCUAUCUCAUGUUGGUGAGGUUGCAAUACUACAAAAGUUAGAGGAAGUUGGCAAUUCUCUUAAGAGAGUCCAAACAUUGAUUGAGGAGCAACAACCGAAAAUAUCUGAAUAUAAAGAUUGAGAGAAACAAGGUUGUGGUUCCAGCACGACCCGGUGUUGUAUAUGAUGGUGGUGAGCAAGUUUAGGGGUUUGGGGACGAUGCAAAUGAAAGGGGAAUUUAGAGAUGAUGAGAUUGUUGAGGUAGUCAGCAUUUACAUUAGAAAAAAAAAUUAUUCAUUGUAAAUUGGUUUGUUGAUAUUGGGUUGUGGUACAAGCAGCAGGAGCAAUAGCAUGAUGGAAUGAUUUAUACAUCAUCAGAUUUAUAUGAUACAUUUUGCUUGUGUUUAAGAACAAGAAUCUGUAAAUAAAAACAUAUAUGCCAUUAUUAUU